CGCGGGAGUCCACCGACAAACUCGAAAUGGUGAAAUCAGUCCGAGACGUGAUACUAGUAAUGGCGAUGAAAGCUCCAUCGUAGCAGUGACAGAGGAGGAUUUCCUUCUUCCUCUCCAUUAAAGACCUGUCUACCUUCUCCGCCGUACUCAGCAGAGAGGUAGAUGCCAUUCGAAUAUUCAUUUGUGGUCCUCCCCGUCGGUGUACAUCGGUCUGGACGAGGGGGUUCAAGCAGCCAGAGUGCGCAAGGUUGGCGAAGACAGUAACGCCGUCUGAAAGGACAAAGAUCCCCGCAAUCAUAAUAUCAUAUCAAAAUCAGCACAUGAAGACAGGUUGAGAGGCCGAGCAACCCAGCCGUCAUGGAGCCAGACGCUCCUCUGACACCACCCGGGAUACAGUCCAAACCACGCCUGCAGCAUCUCCGCCGCAUGCGUCGACAAACGUACCAGCGACUGUCUCGAUUCCACGGACGAAUCCCAUAUCUGCGCAAACUGCCGCUCUCUGCAAUCCUCAUCAUAACUUUAUUGAUCCUGGUCAAUCUCGUCAUCUGGGCAAUAUGCGGCAUCAUCCUCGCGUCACGCAGCCAUCUCCUCUCAACGGCCGCUCUAGCAUAUACAUUGGGAUUACGACACGCACUUGAUGCGGACCACAUUUCAGCAAUUGACCUGAUGACGCGGCGACUGAUCGCGACAGGCCAGCGGCCCGUGACUGUCGGGACCUUUUUCAGUCUAGGCCACAGCACGAUCGUGGUAGUGACAUCGAUUGUGGUGGCAGCCACGGCGGCCGGCGUGUCCAAACGGUUCGACAGUUUCGGCAACGUCGGCGGCAUCAUCGGCACGUCCGUGUCGGCUGCGUUCUUGAUCCUGCUGGGCAUCAUGAACGCAUAUAUCCUGUACAAACUCAUAAUGCAAAUCCGCAAAAUCAUCCGUCUGCAUUCGCCCGAGCAGGAAGCCGCCGAGGCAUGGAAAAUCGAGGGUGGCGGCUUCCUUUUCCGUGCCCUCAAGAAGAUGUUCAAGUUGAUCGACCGUCCGUGGAAAAUGUACCCGUUGGGCGUGCUCUUUGGCUUGGGCUUCGACACGAGUUCCGAAAUCGCCUUGCUGGGUAUCAGUUCGAUCCAGGGCGCAAAGGGGACUAGCAUGUGGCUGAUUUUGAUUUUUCCCAUUUUGUUCACCUCCGGCAUGUGUCUUGUUGAUACGAUUGAUGGAGCUCUCAUGAUGAGUUUGUACGUGGCACCGAUGGGUAUGGCUGGUGUCGAUGAUAAGAAGAACUCGAAUCUGUCCUUGGGCCAGGAUCGAGAUCAAGAUCAAGACUUGGACUGGGAGGAGCGCCAGUGUGAAGACCAACAACAGCAUCGUGACAGAGAAAUCUUCGCAUCAGCAACGGACAACACACCACCCUUUGACGAUAUCGAAGGAGGACGACCAGAUAUCCAAACUGUCCAGGCUCCCCGCGUCAAAGAUCCAUUGACCUUCCUAUACUACUCCAUCGUCCUGACUACCCUGACGGUCAUCUGUGCCAUUAUCAUUGGCGUGCUCCAGCUCCUCUCGUUGAUUCUAAACGUUGCCUCUCCAACCGGCAAGUUCUGGGACGGCGUCGAGACCGCCGGCGAGUACUACGAGGUCAUUGGCGGUGCCAUUUGUGGCAGUUUUAUUGUCUUUGGUGGCAUCAGUGUGCUUUGCUAUAAGCCCUGGCGGAGGUGGGUCGAAAACGAAAGAAAACGGCUACGGGCCGCAGAAGAUCAGGGCAGCGAACUGGACGAUGAUCCUCCUUUCCACGGUGGUGCGAGUGUUGUUCGUUCUGGUGGCGGUCUGAACGACAAUGAUUAUAACGAUGAUGACGACCCUGGUGCAGAAGCCAGUAUCAGUCGCCGCCAUGGAGAUGCUGAGCUUAUUGAGGAGGUGGAGGGCAAGUCGACCGUGCAUAGAGUCGCCGUCAAGGCGUACGAUGGCCAGGACGAGCGGACGACAACAGUCGCGACUGGCAGUCGCUCCGGCGGGCACGGACAGCCAUAAGGUGUGUUUUAGUCUUCAACGACUGUGCUGUCGGGCAGUGCAAUAAUGCAACAAUGCGACGAUACUGGUUACAAGGACGACUCUUUACAUCGCACUACCAAACGGGAAACAAACAGUGCAAUAUCCAAAACCUAAAACAUUCAUUUCACGGCGAAAGAUUUUCGGCAGAGAGAAGACAGAAAUACCAUAAUAACAGGACCAAGAAAUUUAUUGAUUCAUAUACGCGCUAUAUUCGCGACACAUUCGCAGCUGGGGUCAUCUGAAUAUCUAAGAUAGCCAUGAGAUGCUCUGUUCUACAAAACUCCAUCUCUAUGCAAUGUAGAUUGUCCUGUGGCGGAAGCUGUGGAGCCAACAUUUACAAAAACAUGACAUCUCGUAAACAUGACCAACGCCUGCUUACACCUAAUGAACUAGAGCGUUGGAGUAACAAGUGGCCGCGACGUCCAACAAUCCCCAAAACGUGGGUCUAACCGCUCGUCGUCGUUCGCCGGCCACCUCCAACAGACGCAGGUCCAAACAACAUCUAGAACCCAGAGGCCGAUCCAGAAAGGGAGACUUUGCGCACCCCAUUGGUCAAAACGUUGUUGACAUGGCCAUCAUGGCCGCCGCCGGCUCCAUUGGCUCUCUGGGCUUUGCGUGCCACUGCGGCAGUGGCCUGUUCCAGCAGACCUGCACUCGCGGCCACGAAGCCCAGAUAUGGAGGACUCGGCGAAAGAACCCUGCUCAGGUACUCCGGGUGGAAUUGCACACCAACAAAGAAUGGAUGGUCUUUGAGCUCGACAAUCUCCAUUCGCUCACCUUUGUCAUCCUUGCCGAUGAAGGUCAUCCCGGCUUCGGACAAGCGCUCGAUGUAUUCGGGGUUGACUUCGUAUCGGUGGCGAUGCCGCUCGUUCACCGUAGGGGCGUUGUUGUAUAGUUUUCUCAAGCGCGACCACUCGGUGCCCUCUUGGAAGUGGGUCGGUCUGAGACCUAGGCGCAUGUUGCCGCCCAUCGUACUCUUAUCGAUCUCCGGCAUGAAGAUAACCACGGGAUCGCCGGUACGUGCAUCCAACUCGACCGAAUGUGCCUCCUCAAGACCGCACACGUUUCGAGCGUAUUCGAUGACGGCGAUUUGCAUACCCAGGCAGAUGCCGAGAUAUGGUUUGGGCUUUGUUCGUGCCCAGUUCGCAGCGGCGACCAUGCCUUCUGUGCCGCGGUGACCAAAGCCACCAGGCACCAGGACGCCAUCGGCGGUGCAAAGUUGGUGCCAAGCCUUGUGAUAUGACUCCGGCGACGAUUCCAUGGUCCCCUUCUCCAGAUCACUCGCCUCAACCCAAACCAGGUUUAGUUUGCGGUGGCAUGCCAUGGCACUGUGCUCCAGGGAUUUGAUGACGGACAAAUAUGAGUCGUGCAGAUUGGUGUACUUGCCCACCAGGGCAAUGGUGACCGUUUCAGAUUCCAGGAAUCGGUUCUGUGACGUUGUCAGAGCCUUCCAGUCUUGCCAUAGCUGUUGGCCUUUCGUGACCAACGUAGGUGAGAUAGGGUAGGCGUCAAGACGGAAGAGUUCGCGGAGUUGGGUAAGCAACCCUUCCUGCUCGAGGAGAAUGGGGACAUGGUAUGUUGAGUCGAGGUCGUGUACACCAAUGACUUGGGCAGGCUCGACCUGACAAAACAUGGCGAUUUUGUUGACGGUGGCAUCAAUAAGACGAUCCUUGCAGCGGCAUGCGAUCAGGUCAGGCGCCAGACCAGCU